CACUCGAUUUUCCCCAGGCCUCUCUUGCCACUCAUCACUGACUUAACUGAUGUAAGUUUUUCUGUAAAUACAGUGCUAAAUAAUCGAUGGACAAUUGCGGGCGAAAAUGACAGAUUACGGCGAGGAGCAACGGAACGAGUUGGAAGCUAUUGAGUCUAUUUAUCCUGACUCAUUUACAGUACUUUCAGAAGACCCUGUGAGCUUCACGAUCACCGUAACCUCAGAUGCAGGGGAAGAUGAUGAAACGGUGGAAACGAUGCUGAAAUUUACGUAUGUGGACAAAUAUCCGGAUGAGCCGCCACUUUAUGAGAUAUUCUCUCAGGAAAAUCUUGACGAGGCAGAUGCUGGGGACAUUUUAAGUUUGCUACAGCAACAGGCUGAAGAAAAUCUGGGCAUGGUCAUGAUCUUCACCCUGGUGACUGCUGUGCAGGAGAAACUAAAUGAAAUAGUCGACCAGAUAAAGAAUAGAAGAGAGGAGGAGAAAAGGAAACAAGAGGAGGAGGCAGAGGAAGCUGAGAAGGUGGCCUUCCAGGGUACUGUAGUAACAAUUGAGAAUUUCCUGUCUUGGAAAGCCACAUUUGAGCAAGAUAUGGCAGAGCUGAAGAGGAAGAGACAAAAAGAGGAAGAACAGUCUGGGAAGACUAAGCUCACUGGGAAACAACUUUUUGAACGAGACCAUAACCUUGACACUUCGGAUAUUCAGUUCUUGGAUGAUGCUGUGAACAGUGUGGAGGUGGAUGAGUCUCUGUUUCAGGACAUGGAUGAUUUGGACCUGGACGAAGAUGACCCAGACUUUGACCCUGUGGGUCUAGGGAGUGAUGAUGACUAGAGAGCGGAGUGAAAGCACUAGAGCUUGGAAGCAGUCUCCAUUGGGAGGUCACAUGACCGCUGGCUCCGUUCCAGAUGUGAACUCUGCUGCCCAUUGGCUGUCAUCAGUAAUGACAUCACUUUAUAAAACGCAUUCUUACCCAAUUGUUAAAAUCACUGGACAACACUUCCUUUUAUCUUUAGCCAUAUAUGCAUUCAAUUAGCUACUAAACCAAGUAUAAAUUCCCUUCAAAUUCUUAGUGAUGUUUGAACAUGCACCUGAUUUGGACGGCACUCUUGGGGUGGCUCAGCUGCUGUGGACUUGUAGCCAGCAGGGGGCAGCAGUACUCUGUCCCAACCAUGGGAUCACUGCUUAGCGCAUAGGAAUAGUGUUUGCGCUAAAUAAAAAUGGUUGUUUCCUGAAACAAA